AUGGGGCACGAAGAAGAAGAAGAGCAUCAUUCAGCAUCACCCCAAAAUAGUGGAAAUUUCAAGUUUCAGAAUGUUGCAAUGGCUUUAUUUAAAGUUUUCGACGGGCAAGUGACUUUUGUACGAGCGAAGGUGGUGUUACCUAUUCAGAGCAGGAACCAAACCAAGUAUUAUCACAGGCGUGUCAAUAGGGUCCCAACAGUUUGCAUCUAUAAAGCUGACCAGCAGUUCCACAGAGACAGGGUGGUUGACAGCGAUAUUGUCAGGAUUCUGAGGCAAAGAAAGAUUGAAUACUAUGCGUGGGAAGGUCCUGAUAAAAAAUACAAAUGUCAACAGAUUGAAGAAGAUUAUAACCAGGCGGCUGAUAACUGGUUCAUCAAAUAUGGUGAUAUGAGAAGCGAGCGAGGUGCUUUAGAGGCCUACAUGAAACAGAAACAUAGACUUAUUUGGGAGAGAAGGAAUCCAGGUAAAAAAAUUACACUGAAUAAAUAGUUCUAUUCAAGAUACUAGUUUUUAAAUAAAUGAACUAAUGAGAAUGUGUAUACUCGCUGUUGAUGUCAAGUCUAUGAAA